AUGCCGAGGGGCUUCCUGGUGAAACGCAGCAAGCGUCCGGGGGGCUCCUACCGGGCUCGUCCCGCCGAGCGGGGGGUCCUCCCGGCCGGGGCAGCCCCGUGGCCGCCGGCCUUCCCCGAGGGGCCCGUCCCGGGACCGGCCGGGCUCCCGCCGGGGCCCGCCGGGCGGGACGAGGCCGGGGGCGGGGAGAGGGCGGCGGGCCCUCCUUGGUGCCCCUCGCCCCUGCGGGGGUCCGGGCCGCUCGGGGGUCCCGGGCCCGGGCCGGCCCGGCCGGCGGGCGCCGAGGUGCGGCGGGCCUUCCCGGAGCGGUGCCUCAGCUCGCCCGCCUCGGCCGAGUCCUUCCCCGCCUUCCCGUCCUCGUCCGGGGCCGCCGGGCCGGGCCCCCGGGGAGCCUCCCUGCAGGCCGCCAAGCGGGGGGCCAAGAGAGCCAAAGCCCCGCGGAAGCCGAGCUUCGCCGACGAGGUGACGACGUCCCCCGUGCUGGGGCUGAAGAUCAAGGCGGAGGAGCCCGGGGCCCCGGCGGGGGCCGCCCGCGGGGGCCGCCCGCCGCUGGGCGAGUUCAUCUGCCAGCUGUGCAAGGAGCGCUACGCCGACCCCUUCGCCCUGGCCCAGCACCGCUGCUCCCGCAUCGUGCGGGUCGAGUACCGCUGCCCCGAGUGCGCCAAGGUCUUCAGCUGCCCCGCCAACCUGGCCUCGCACCGGCGCUGGCACAAGCCGCGGCCCGCCGGGGCCCCCCAGGACCGGCCGCACCGGGACAGCAGCGCCGCCGCCCGCCUCCCCGACCCCGCCGCCGCGCCCUGCCCCUUCUGCCACAGACGGUUCCGCCGGCCGGCCUACCUGCGCAAGCACCUGGGCACCCACGAGGAGGGCAGCGUCCGGGCGCCGAUGCCCCCCGCCGCCCUGGGCCUCGCCCUCCCGGGCCCGCCGGCGGCCGAGCCGGGGGAGCGGCGGGGCCUGUGGCCCGCCGUCCGGGACGAGCUGCUGCUGCUGCCCGGCCCGGGCCCGCAGCACAUCUUCCCCUGCAAGCACUGUCCGGCCACCUUCUUCGGCUCCCCGGGCCUCGCCCGGCACGUCGACAAGUGCCACCCUUCCGACGGCCGCCGGCUCCUGCUGCUCCAGGUGCCGAUGCGGCCCGGGGGCCGAGGAGGCCCCGAGGCCCGCCUCGACCACCGCUAG